AUGAAUUUUUCACAAUUGCGAGCCUUUAGCGAACUAGGAGAAAAAAACCCGUCUAGCUCAAUCUUCACAGCGAGGGCCAAUACAGCAUCCUCAAGUAAAUCUAAUAAGACGUCAAAAUCAGAACCCACGAAUUGUCCGCCGGAUACGUCGCCAUCGUUUGCGGGGCAAUAUCCCCUUCAGUUACGACCAAUCUCACGUUUAUGGGCGAAUCAAUACAUGAAAGCACUGUCCGCAUGUAGUAAAUUACAGGAGAAGGAUUGCUGGUACAAUAUCAGGGUUACUGUAGAACCAUCAUCUGCUAGCUUGGACACAGUUGUCGAAGCACUUGUCGCAACUGGCGUGGUCGUGACAUCAGUUGUAGCGCUAGAUCUAGGGUGGACACAAGGAGAAUGGAUGAUCAAGGUGAAAAACGUUGAAUCCAUGUCCAAUCUCAUCAACUCCUCCGAUCUCUUUCAUGAGGGUUACUUCAUUGGCGGUUUACGAAAUAUUCCGGGAAAUCGAAUUUAUCAUUCUACCUGUGUUUUGU